AUGGCGAGAUUCUACGCCACCGUCAACCAUGAAGGAGAUUUCUUCUUCUACACCAAGAGCGUGCCCUCGAAUUCGGAAUACGAUGUUAAGUACUAUUGUAGCUAUGACUUGUAUUCUUCUCCCAACGCUUCCGAGGCUGCGAUCCGUGUUGUGUUCAGCAGCGAAGCUUUGAUUUCUGUCGUGAGGAGGAACGGGCAGGUACAAGUUAUUAGCCCGAGUUCGAUUCUACCGUCUUCCGAUAAUUACCACAGGGCGACUCUCGAUUGGGAAGGUGUUUUCACACAGUAUUAUCACCCCAAGAACUUUGGGAAUAGCCCUGGCUGGCAAGUUGCAAAGUCGUGGCCAGAUGACAUCUGCAUCUACGUCCUCGGAGAAACAGGCAGCGGGGCGUGUGGCUAUAAUAGUGCGUGCGAAAUGCAAAACGGGAGGCCCGUCUGCACAUGCCCAUCGGAGUUUUCACUGGUUGAUCCCCUUGAUCGAAAUGGCGACUGCAAGCCUAACUUCCCGCAGAUUUGCAGAGGUGGUGAAAAUGGUUCUGUGCCACAAGACAAUGAGUACCGCUUGGAGAUGAUAAGUGACAUCGAUUGGCCUUUGAAUGACUACCAAAAAAUCAGUCCGUGCAGUGUAGAGGAAUGCCAAAGGGCUUGUCUGGAUGAUUGUCUCGGUGGUGCUGCCAUACACAGAGUUAACACCUGCUGGAAGAAGAAGCUGCCGCUAUCCAAUGGCAAAGUCCAAAAAGACUCCCAAGCAAAACCCCUCAAUCCUGUCCGAGACCCUUCGUCGUCUUCGAACCUACGCUGCUUCACUUACAAAGAGCUCGAGCUGGCCACAGAUGGGUUCAAAGAAGAGCUAGGAAGGGGCUCUUUUGGAAUUGUCUACAAAGGGGAGAUUCCACUCGGUUCCCAAAACAUAGUUGCUGUGAAGAAGCUAGACAGAAUGUUUCAAGAUUCCGAGAAAGAGUUCAAGACAAGAAGUGAACGUCAUCGGCCAGACUCACCACAUGAAUCUUGUGAUCAUGGUCGGGUUCUGCGAGGAGGGGCCUCACCGUUUGCUUGUAUACGAGUACAUGAGCAAUGGGACACUAGCGGGCUUUCUGUUCGGCCAUCUGCGGCCAAGCUGGAGCCUACGGGCACAGAUCGCAAAGGGGCUGGCGUUCUUGUACUUUGUGUUCCUAUUGAUGAUGCUAUAAUUAAUUGCCUAAAUGUGUGA